GUUUCCACUGGGACAUAACACAAACUCAGCCGGUCUUUGAGCGAGAGGACAUCGGAACCUGAAAAGAAAGCAGUCUGCCAAGAAAGGAGCAGAACCUGUCCCAAGGAAGAAAAAUGAAACUUCAACUUGUCUGCGUCAUCAUCCUGCUGCUCUGUGCGGCUAUCGGAAACCUCUGCGCCUUCAGAGUUCAGACAGAUGAUGCCAGUUUGGACACACAGCUGGCAGAAACCUCUGGAUUGCAGAUGCUGCUCCGGAGACCCAAGCGGCACAUCCCUCAUUUUCCCAUCUGCACCUACUGUUGCAAUUGCUGCAGGAACAAGGGUUGUGGCCUGUGUUGUCGGACAUGAAGUGGGGGAAGACCUUGGCCAGUGACCUCAACACCCUUGGGUGGCAUCUCCCGUCACAACACCACCCAUACUCACACACACCAAGCUCCCCACACAAGCCGUCAACCUGGCUCCCUCCCCACCCUCAAAGCAUUCUCCAUAUUUAUUACUUCAGCACUAUUUUUGUUUGAUUUGUAUAUUCUUGUUUGUUACUGGGAAUUAAAUGUGUUUUCAAUUU